CAACAGCUGGGGCGGCAGCGGCCCCCCUCACACCAGCCGGGGCCGCAGCCGGUGCCGGCAGCAGCAGCGGCGGCGGCACGGGUGGCGGCGGCGCCCUCAAGCUGACCCUGGCUGAGUUCAUGAGCGGGCGGCCCGUGAGCGCGCCGCUGCAGGUGGUGGGCGCAGGAGGGCAGCGGGGCCGCGAGCAGGAGAGGGAACGCGAGCCCGCCGGCCCCGCCUGGGGUGGGGUGCCUGGCAGCAGUCCGCGGGGCGCCCGCUCGCUGCUGGACAUCCAGGCGGAGCAGGCCCAGGUGCAGAAGCGCGCCGCAGCCAACUGGGGCAAGACCGCUCCACCAGGCACCUCCACUGCUGGCCCCACCUCCUCCUCCUCCGCUGCUGCCAGUACACCCGCUGCCGCUGCCGCCUGCCCGCUCGGCUCCUCCCCUCCCGUCGGCCGCUCCCCGCUGCCGCUGCCGCUGCUGGGUCUCUCCCAGCCUCCCCCCGCGCAGCCCAGCAAGUGGUACGUUCCCGAGCAGUGCCAGCCCGCGGUGGCCGCCAAGCCGCUGAGCGCCAUCCAAAUCGAGGAGCGGGCCAUCAAGGAGAUCUCGGCGCGCUACAGCGGCAAGGUGGUGGCGCGGGUGGUGACGCAGGACUACGUGGCAGAGGGGCCGACAGCAGGGACGCAGAC